AUGGCAGUCUCUUUUGACUUCAAUUUACAGGGAUCGGGAUCCGUCGGCGAAUUCCAGUCCCAAGAUGCAAACUUGAAUUGGAUUUCCUACAAGAACGAGCUAUAUAGCGUCGAUGAAACUAUCUACAUCAUCAACACUCGUCUAUCGCUUCAUACUACUGAUAUGAGACAGACAACGGCGCAUCUGGCUGAUGUCCUCCUCCCCCCAGACGGAAUAGAUCCCCCCUGCACCGAGGUAGUGGCCAAUUUGGCCCUCACCUUCAACGCCCGUGUCGCCUUCUCAAUCGCCAUGACUAAUAAGUCUUCCUCCGGUGGUGUGACUUCAGUGCCGGCGCUGGAGUCGCUCCUGUGCGACCCUUCCCCUGACCCAGGACCCGAGCCGGAUGCUGUACUUGGACUCGGGAUCCGACUCGGAACCCUGCGCACCCUCUGUGCCCUCCCCGCACGUCGCCGAGUCGGACGGCCAAUUACCUCCGCCUCCCCCUGCGCGUCUUUACGCCUGCCGCCGCCGCUGCCGGCCGAGUCAUCUUCUUCUUGGCAGGCCGGCCCAACGGCUGCGAGAUCGAAUAGACACACUCAUACCCGUGACUCUCGCAACGUUCGCACGGACCAACCAUCGACCUAG